AUAGUUUGUGGAUAAAAACUCUGGGUAGCUCUAAACUGAAACACUUUAUUCUGACUGUUUCGAGACUUGAUGCUAUGCUGUAGUACUUAGCAAUGAAUUUAUCGCAGUUCUUGAUUGUUUUCGAACCAACUGUUAAAGUAAGUAUGUUAGAGAUGAAAGUACUGAAAAUGAGUAUGCUAGAGAUGAGAGUACCGAGAUAUGGCCUACUGAAAAUCUUCCUUCAGCGUUCUAAUUUUGUAAAUUUCAUUCUCAGUUCUAAGAUAUCAGACGGGCUUCAAAAGCUAACAUUGCGGAUGUGGCCAAAUUUAAUGAAAUUCCUGCAUGUUAUUUUCUUCCAUGAAAGUUUAAGGAUCAUGCACGGAAAAUCAGAAUUUCACGGAAUCAAUAAUUCGAAGCAUAAUGAAAUUGAAAAUAAAAUCACUGGCAUCCAAACCAAGUCAGAUUUGGAUAUAUAUAGAAAAUUAAAUUCACACGCUUUAACGAUAAAAGAUCUAUUCGAUUCUGAAAGACAGUUCCUCCAUAAUAGCAAUUUGAGCAUUUUCCUAAUAAUAAAGAAUACAUUCGAUUCCAAGAAGUUAUCUAUAUUCGCAAUGCCGUUUUCCUUGUCAACAAUAAAGAAAAUAUACGAUUUAAAAAAUGAAUUAAUCAAUAACUGGAAUAAAAGUAUUUUCUUCGAUGAUAAAGAUCAUGUUCAAUUCCAAGGAAGAAGAAUUCUAUGCUUGCUAUGUAGUCUUUUUAUCGACGAUAACGAAUACAUUCGAUUCCAAGAAGAAUUUUUCUGUGGCUGCAAUUCUGAUAUUUUUCAAGGCUGAAGAACACAUUCCGUUCCAGGAUGAAUUAAUUUACGUGCAGUGCAGAUUUGGAUGCCAACGAUAAAGAACACAUUCGAUUCCAAGAAUCUAAUUAUUAAAAUACAUUCGGUUCAAGAUGAGUUAACAUAACGAUUUCAAUGCAGGCGGUUUCGUCAGCGAGGAAGAAUACGUUCGAUUCCAAGAAGAAUUUCUCUGUGCCUGAGAUACUAAUAUUUUGUCCAAGAUUGAAGAACACAUUCGAUUCCAAGAUGAAUUAAUUUACAGCUGCAGUGUAGAUAUUAUUGUCAAUGAUAAAGAACAGAUUCGGUUCCAACAAGAAUUUCUCUGUGCCUGGGAUGCUAAUAUUUUUGUCCAGAAUUGAAGAACACAUUCGGUUCCAUGAUGAAGUAAUUUACAAGCUGCAGUGCAGAUAUUAUCGUCAAUGAUGAUUGCUAUGCUAUCUUCUUAUCAACGAUAAAGAAUACAUUCGAUUCCAAGAAGAAUUUCUAUAUGGCAGCAGUAUUAAUAUUUUGUCCAAGGCUGAAGAACAUAUUCGAUUUCAAGAUAAAUUAACUUACAGCUACAAUGCAGAAUUUCUCGACAACCUUGAAGAACACAUUCGAUUCCAAGAAAAAUCAAUAUUUAGAAUGUAGUUGUUUUGUGUCAACGAUGAAGAACACAUUCAAAUUCAAGAACUUCUCUAUAUUUGCAAUGCUAUUAUUUUCUCCAAAGCUCAAGAGUACAUUCGAUUCCAAGAAGGUGAAAGGCUGCUGUUCAACAAGGUUGAAGAAUACUUUCCAGUUCCAAGAACAACCAACUCUGUGAUUGCAUACAUAGCUUUUCUUAUCAAUGAUGAAUAACAUGCUACAUUCCAAGAAAAACCACUCUGUAGAUGUAAUGUAGGUUUUAUCGUCAAUGAUAAAGAAUACAUUCGGUUCCAAGGAGAAUUAUUCUACAGUUACGAUGAGCAUAUGAUAGUUGGAAUAGUUUUUAAUGAAUAUUGUGAAGUUAAGGAAAUAUAGACAUUUACACAUAAUUUAUAUGAUUGUUUAAAACUGACAAAUAUGAAAUAUGUUGUAAAUAAAGAAUUAUUUUUAUGUACA